AUGGUUUCUUUGCCACGUGCAUGGCUGCAUGGACGCCGCUUUCAAUUUGAUUUCUACUUUUACGCUUUCUAAAAAGUCAAAACAGGUUAAAUAGAAAAUAAGAAAUGGCCCCGAAGGAUGCAGUGGGUGUUGAUAAUAGAAAAGGAGUGCGUGCCAUCUUACUUGGACCCCCAGGAGCAGGUAAAGGCACUCAGGCUCCGAAGCUUGCUGAAGAAUUCUGUGCCUGCCAUCUUUCUACUGGUGACAUGCUGCGUGCUUUAGUAGCUGGGGGUUCCAAACUUGGACAAAAAGUGAAAGAUAUUAUGAACAGAGGGGCAUUGGUGAGUGACGACAUAGUUGUGGAGAUGAUUAACCAGAACCUGGACAAGCCAGAAUGUUCAAAAGGUUUCUUACUAGAUGGAUUUCCACGCACAGUAGUACAAGCUGAAAAGCUUGAUGAGUUACUUGAAAAGCGAAAUUCCGAACUAGAUUCUGUGAUUGAGUUUGGGAUUGAUGAUUCACUUUUAGUUAGUAGGAUUUGUGGAAGGCUACUUCACAAACCCAGCGGUAGAACGUACCACACUGAAUUCAACCCACCGAAAAAGUCGAUGACCGAUGAUAUCACUGGUGAGCCUUUGAUACGCCGAGCGGACGACAAUGAAAGUGCGCUGAAAACCCGACUCGCAGGUUACCACAAGAUGACUGUGCCACUGGUGGAUUACUAUGCGAAAAAGCAACUGCAUACCAGAGUCGACGCCUCUCAAUCACCGGAUGUUGUAUUCAAAAGCAUACGCGCUACCUUCCUGAAAUGCCUGUGAUCUGUAAGAAGCUGUGCAAUUGCUCCAUCUAUGAAGGCGGAAAUGGGUAUCUGUCUUUCCACUAUAUCGUGCGCUUUAUACCAAAUUACGUAAUAAAAUUUUGUUUUGUUUUAAAAUAUUCAACUGUGCUUUUCGCUUGAUGUUUAACUGAUUCAUCGGUGGUAAUACAAUAUCUAUGCAUAAUA